CAGCAGUUCUUCAGAGGAGUCGGGUUCUGCAGCAACAUUACUCACUUGAUCUUCUGAAAGAAUUAAGGCAUGGCUGACCAUGAUGAUGAAGGAAGAGAUGCAGGGGACACCUGCAAACGUCUUUGUUCUGAUACAAAUCAAAGAGACAACAUGCUCACACUUGACUGUCUGAUUCCCAGACCGGACCACUGUGACCUUCUCCUAGAUGCUAUUGAUCAACAGCUUGAUCAGCUGCAGGUCAAGUCUCCAAAACCAAAGCAUCAUGUGGUUUGCAAGACACAAAAUGCCAAAAACGCAGCAAAUACACAGAUCUUCUGUGAUGUUUCUGUUACUCACAAGGAAAUCAAACGUGGUCUGGAUAUGAUCCUCAGGGGCAAAGAGGAAACCGAACCUUACAGGGAUCAGGUCAUCUGGAGACUCGAGAGGCUUCUUGGAGAGGCUUGUAAAGAAGGGAAGAUUGCUGGAGAGGCAAGGCCUCUUUCAGACAGUAUCUGCACUGAAGACUUUGUAAAAUGCUUCACAGAGGAGAUGGUUGACUUGUCUCCAUUUAAAAAUAUGGAUCAAUUAAAUAUUGAGGACAUGUCUGAGAGGACAGAAAUCUCAGACCGUGACACUAAUCAAAAUUGGCAAAGUUCUGAGAGAAGAGGGUCAGAAACAAGUGACACAGUGAUGUCUCACCGGUUUCAGUCAAACAAAUCUGAUCCAAGAAAGGAAGAUAGAACAUUCCUUUUUGACAGCUGUGGAGAAAAUGUAUCACAAGAUCAUGAGAAUGCAGGAGCUGGAGUGAGAAACAAGACACCACAGAGGCCUGGAGACCGCGGCAGUGGAGUUGCAGCAUGGAGUUUUGACAGCAUGUCCCCUGACAGAGAUCUUGUAACAGACGGCAAUGAACAACUCAGGCAGCAGGUCAGGUGGACAGGACGUUGCUCCUUCGUUACGGAUGCGGAUGAUCUGAACAACAGCCGUAUGGACCACAGUGACAAUGACACAGCAGCAGAAGAAGACAGUGAAGCUCAAUUGACAGCAGUGAGGAGAUUCUUUGAUGGACGCACACAGAAGAAAUGUUUUUCUGUCUUCUCUAACAAUAACAGGCAAAUAAACAACAGGCUGUUGUUUUCUUUGAGUGAUAAUAAACACAGCAAUAAAGAUAUUAACCACUGCAUCAGGACGUCCAGCCCUGGGAAGACAUCAGAGACGUGGCUGUCAGAUUGCACCAUGAAAGAGGAAGUCUUUGACCUCCAACAUAAAUGUGAGAAAGAGGAAAAGAAACUCAGAUUAAGGUGGAUUCAGCUAAAAGAUGUUGAACUCUGUCUCUCUGAACUUCGACAGAAAAAAAAGCAAGCUAUUCAGAGGUUAGAACAGCUGUCUGCAGACACGGCACAGAUGCUGAAGGAGAAGAGAACUUUGGAGUUUGCCCUGAGACGCAGCAGGUUCCAGCUACAGCAGCUGCAGAGGCAGAGAGAGUCAUGUCUGGAAAAUAGGUUCUGCUGGAACAGGAGCUGUGUUAAAAUGUCAGUGCUGGAGCGCGACGAGAUGGAUGGACAGCUGGACUGGGCCAAAACAGAACUCUUUGCUGAGCGGUGUCGUUCAAGAGAAAAAAUCGAGUCCUUGCAAGAGCAGCUGGAGGAGGUUCAUGAGGCGCUUCACAUGGCCACAGAGGCAGUGAGCUCACUUCUAAACAGAUGUGCAUGUCUGCAAAAACAGAUGGAGAAAAGGCAUCAUUCUGAGGAGUCCCUUGAUGUUCAAGUGAGCAAGCCACAGCAUGAACUGGAAGAAUGUCGGAUCGGGGUGGGAACACAGGACAAAAUGUUGGCACAGAAAGAGCUGCAGCUGGCGGGUUUACAGGAGAAAUGUGAGACUCUACAAACAGAAAGGGACAACCUGAAGAGGAAGCUGCAGCACCUUAAAAGCCAGCACUGCAGAGAGCUGGAAGAAGCACAGGAGAAAGCUCAUGCAGUGAUGCAGCAACAGCUGAGCAUCCAAAGGCAACAGAUUGAGGACGAGAAGGAUCAAGCUUUGAAUUCUAUAAGGACAUGUCUUAUUCAGGAGCACACAGAGGAGUUGUGCAGUCUGAAAUGUGUUCAUUGGACUGAGGGAGGAACAGCAACAUCUCUCUGCAGGCAGCGGAAGGCCAGAGACUUGGAGCUGAGGCGGCUUCAGAUGAGCAUGGCAUUGGAAGGUCACGCAAGUGAAAACAGUUUCUGUCAUCAAACGUUUGCCAUCCCGCAGGUGCAAGACAAAGCUGAUAAGGUGCAGGAGUGCAUCCACGAUUAAAGAAGCUAGUCCUAACAGAAACAUAAUGCAGGGUGCAAAGGAAUCUCAAGAAGCAGUUUGCUCUCACUUGCAUCAUGCAGUGGUGUGUGCUGCUGCACACAUCCCCUCUGACGUCUCUGUGUUUAAGCUUCUUUAGUACCUGCAGAGCACAGUGAAGCAGCUCCAGGCAGGACAUCAGACCUUCCCAGACACACUCAUCUUUGACAUAUUAGGAUCCUCUCAGACAACAGCGGAUAGGAACUUUUGAAGAUCUUUGACUUUUUAGUAUAAUCACAGGCUGUGCAGUGGCAUGCAAAAGUAUUAACACCCCUUGGACUUUCCCACCUUUGUUAGUUUAAAGACACAUACUCCUUUGGGGUCUACUGUGGCUUAAAGGGUAAAGUAGUCUUCUUGCAAUGCAAAAGUUGUUGGUUCGACCUACAUGUUGAUAUGCCCCUGGGCAAGGCACUUCACCCCAAGGUGAUGAGACUAUCUUACAAUAACAGAAUGUAUUCAGUCAGAGGCUUCUUCAGAUGUGCUGUAAGACAGACCGCUACAGGAGAUCCUUCCUCCCUACAGCCAUUAGCAUCUACAGCUGCUGUUUGAAGAAACCGGCAUAAUGAGCUACAACAACAUUUAAUUUCCCUUUGGGAUUCAUAAAGUAUUUUUGAAUUGAAUUUGAAUUGAAGUUACCUGCGGAUGUGUAUGGGUUCAUGAGUGCGAAUGGGUUGAAUGUGGCUCCUAUAACCAGGUCUAGUCUAAAGUGCUUUUAGUUGUCAGUCUGGAUUCGUAUUCAGGUACCACAACACUUUUAUGAUCUUUAGUGUAUAUUAAAACCAUCUUGUGGCAGUGAUUAUGAUCCACUAACUGUUACAUCUGCAUGUGAUAGAGGAAUGCCAGAGCAGGUCACAGUGACACAAGGCAGCAUGCGGGCACUGAGGUCACAUUCACGUGUGCUUAGGAAGUGAGAUAUUUUAUGGCCUGUCAGUAGAGUGAACUGUGAAUGAGUGGUGAACUGUAAUGAAAAUCAUAUGACUUUUGUUAAAUAACCUAACAAAACUGUCAUGUAUUUGAGUAAUGAUUUAUUACAUAUGCAGGUUGCUUUAAUGGCCUUCAGUUUGUCUGCAUGGUUUGUUUGGUGUCUCUUAUCUUCUUUUUGAAAAUACUCCAUAGAUUAAAACAUUGCAAAACCA